AUGCCUCCAUGUUCAGAAACCUCUGUUCUGCUACUUCCCAUGGUCGAGAAAUGCAUAAAUCUCUUACAAACUCACGGCGUUUCAUCGCUAACGAAACUCAGACAAAUCCACGCUUUCUCAAUCCGACAUGGCGUCUCAAUCACCGACGCAGAGAUGGGUAAACACCUCAUCUUCUACCUCGUGUCUCUUCCUUGUCCACCUCCAAUGUCUUACGCACACAAGGUCUUCUCCAAGAUCGAGAAACCCAUCAAUGUCUUUAUUUGGAACACAUUGAUCAGAGGCUACGCUGAGAUUGGUAGUGAUUCCGUCUCUUCUGCUGUUUCUCUCUACCGUGAAAUGCGAGUCUCUGGUUUUGUCGAGCCAGAUACUCAUACUUACCCGUUUCUUCUUAAAGCUGUGUCGAAAAUGGCGGAUGUUCGAUUGGGAGAGAUGAUUCAUUCCGUUGUUAUAAGAAGUGGGUUUGGUUCGUUGAUAUUUGCUCAGAACUCUCUGCUACAUUUAUACGCUAAUUGUGGAGAUGUAUCUAGUGCGUACAAGGUGUUUGAUAAAAUGCCUAAGAAGGACCGUGUUGCUUGGAACUCUGUGAUUAAUGGGUUUGUGGAAAAUGGUAAGCCGAAUGAAGCUUUGAAGCUUUAUACUGAGAUGGAUUCGAAAGGUAUUAGGCCUGAUUCGUUUACGAUCGUGAGCUUGUUGUCUGCUUGUGCUAAGAUUGGUGCUUUGACAUUGGGUAAGAGAGUCCAUGUAUAUAUGAUCAAGGUUGGUUUUACGCGAAACUUGCAUUCCAGCAAUGUACUCUUGGACUUUUACGCGAGAUGUGGAAGAGUCGAAGAAGCGAGAACGCUUUUUGAUGAAAUGGUGGACAAGAACAGUGUCUCGUGGACUUCUUUGAUAGUCGGUUUAGCUGUUAAUGGUUUUGGAAAAGAAGCGAUUGAGCUUUUCAAAGAGAUGGAAUCAAAGGAGGGGUUAUCACCGUGUGAGAUCACGUUUGUGGGGAUCUUAUACGCUUGUAGCCAUUGCGGGAUGGUGAAGGAAGGUUUCGAGUAUUUCAGGAGAAUGAAAGAAGAGUAUAAGAUCGAGCCUAGGAUCGAACAUUUUGGCUGUAUGGUCGAUUUGUUAGCUAGAGCUGGACAAGUGAAGAAAGCUUAUGAAUACAUCCAGAAAAUGCCGAUGCAGCCGAAUGUUGUUAUCUGGAGGACAUUGUUAGGAGCUUGCAUUGUUCAUGGUGAUUCAGAUUUAGCAGAGUAUGCCAGACUCCAAAUCUUACAACUAGAACCAAACCACAGCGGCGAUUAUGUCCUCUUGUCGAAUAUGUAUGCAUCCGAGCAGCGUUGGUCCGAUGUGCAGAAGAUAAGGAGACAAAUGUUAAGAGACGGUGUGAGAAAAGUCCCCGGUCACAGCCUUGUAGAAGUAGGAAACAGAGUUCAUGAGUUUCUUAUGGGUGAUAAAUCUCAUCCACAAAGCGAUGAGAUUUACGCUAAGCUGAAAGAAAUGACUGAUAGAUUAAGAUUGGAAGGUUACGUGCCGCAAAUUUCAAACGUUUAUGUCGAUGUCGAGGAAGAAGAGAAAGAGAACGCUUUGGUAUAUCACAGUGAGAAGAUUGCUAUUGCGUUUAUGCUUAUUAGUACACCAGAAAGAUCGUCGAUUAGAGUCGUGAAGAAUCUUAGAAUUUGUGCAGAUUGUCAUUCUGCUAUUAAACUCGUGUCUAAGGUUUAUGAUCGAGAGAUUGUUGUCAGAGAUCGUAGCAGGUUUCACCAUUUCAAAAAUGGUUCUUGUUCUUGUCAAGAUUACUGGUAA